UGAGUUCCACUGUUUUACUGUUCCUAAGGCAACAGUAAGGAACAGUUCACGGGGCUUAGGAACAGUCAGGAACAGUUCGUAGGACCGGAAAAGACUGUUCUGCCCUCCUUUGGGAUUUUUUUGUUCCGCUGUGUAUCGAUCUGAUCUUCCGCUUUCUUCUAGAGCCGUCUACUCUAAUCGCUCACAUGCGAGUCAAAAUCCACCUCAAUACCCAGAAAUCAGUACAAAAAGAGCUACUCAAAGAGUCGCAGAGCAUAGUGGAGAGUCAAAAUCCACCUCACAAAGAACUGUGUUGACGACCAUAACUUCCAAAACAGAGCCGACCCAGAAGUUGGUUUUCUCAGACGAGCACAAAGCCACCAUCUUUGCUGCAGAUCCAAGCUCAGAACCAAGGUGCUGAAUGUUUCUCCUAGCACUAGAAAAUGAUGAUUGACUAUGCUGUUGUCCCUGUGGCUUCCAGUUUUGGCCUUGAAGAGGAUUACAAAUACUUGAUGAGCUCAAUUAGGGAAUUUUUGACAGGUCGCAUAUAUGUGAUCAACACAAAAACAGAUCCAGAAGCUCCCUCUCUGCAUAAAGUUGUUGACCCUGAAGACAUCGUACAGAAGAUUGGAUUGGCAUACCCACACACAUCUCACUGCCUUGCAUCUAGUGAUUUCUUCUCCUUGACUCAGAGUUUAAUGUCAAGGGAAGGUUUCUCAAGCUAUAUUAAGUUCUUUUUUGAAUCAGUUUGUGGAGAGGUUUAUCGUCUGGGAGACUGUCACCUCUUUUAUCGAAAAUGUCCAAGAUAACUGUAUUUCUUGGUCAAGUCAUUGUAUCUGAUGAACUCUGGCUUGGCCUUGACACCUGCUACCACAGUUUGGAAUGAGAUCCAGAAGUCAUCACUGUCAUCUGUUUGACCUGGAGAAUGGUAGUAUGAGCAACAUUGGCUAUUCUCAGUUCCAGACCCCCAUCAAAUUGGCCUACUAAUUGAUGUCCAGCUGUAUCCUUUGAAUG